AUUCUAAGGUUAGGUUGCUGACAUAGAAAUUUUCAUAGUUUAAAGGGUCUUAAGUAUUAGUUAUUACAAACUAUACUACCAAUUGGUAUAUCAUUACGGUUAAUUAGUAAACUUUGUCGGUGAUCAGAAGUCAUUGUCAUUGUGCAUUUUUUCGCUAAAUUUGUUUCUAGGUUACUAGAGUGACUUCAGAGCUAGUGCUAAUAAUACUCGUCUUUUGUCUGAUAUUAUACAGUCAGAGGAUAUUUUAAUUUCCAUCAGUUGAGAGUAUUAUCUCUUUGAAUUUAUUAAAAAAUUUUCAUUUAUUGGGUAACUUCUUUUUCUUUUUCUUUUUCUUCUUUUCAUUCAUUCAUUCUUUCUUCUUUUCAUUCUUUCUUCAUUUCUUCUUGUAGGCAAUGUCACAAUCUAAUAAUGCCAACAAGAUUGUUGUUCAAGAGACUGAAGAAACCAUGAAUAAAUCUUCAAUUCCUAAGAGUGGAUUAGCUACUCAUGGUUAUGUUCAUGGUCACAUUCAUAAACAUAAGGAUCAUACCCAUAUUCAUGGUCAUAUUCAUAAUCAUGACCAUGAUCAUCACUUUGAAAAGUCUUCGACUACUUCUACUACUACUACUACUAAUAUUGCUCCAAAGAUUAAUAUUUCUACUUCAAACAAUAAUGAACUAGCAUCAUAUUUUGAUAGCUGUAAGGAGUUUGAUAAUAUAGAUUUAUGUGAUGAUAUUUUCUGUGAUGAAUUAGAUGAUUGUUUCUUUUCUACUUGUGAAGAUUCAAGUAAAAAUUCAAACAGUAAAUGUCUUGAAUGUGAAAAUUCUUCUUGUUGUAUUGAACUUAAUAGUCAUACAGAUGAUCAUCAACAUUGUGAAGAAAUAUGCUGUGAAGAUGAAAAUUGUACUGCUGAAUCUACUUGUUGCUCUGCAACUCCAUCUUCAACUCCAACUGCAACUACCCCGCUGACUUCAAAUGCUGAAUUACUGAAUAAGCAACAAACUGUAGAUUGUUGUGGUAAUCCAAGUUGCUUAAGCUAUUCGAUUUGCAAUCAUAAUGAUCAUGGUUUAAGUUCAUCAAAUUCCAAUACUAAUCAACUUCAAGAUGUUCCAUAUAACUGUUGUGUACCAGCUCAACAACAUCAUUCUCAUCAUCAAAAUAAUUUAUGUGAACUACAACUUCCUAAGAAACCUUUGUUUGAAGAUUUAAUCAAUAAUGUUCAUAGAAACUUAACCGAUAUAGAUGCAAGUUCAAAGAAACGAAAGCUAAAUAAUUCUCUAAAGAAGUUUGAAAUCCAUUUCCCUCAUGAAUGUCAUCUGCAACCUGAAAAUACCAAUAAUACUCCAAAGCUUGAUCCUUCUGAUCAUCAACAUCAUCAUUACCACCAGUCUUGUUUUCAUACCACUAUACCAAAUGUUGAUUCAAUUAGUCCAUCUAAUUCAACUAAUACCACUAAUACUGAACAUUUGUUAUCUGAUUUUGAUUUCUAUAUUCAGUUCAAUAACUUUAAUCAACUUCUAAAUGGAUCUCAGGAUUCUAAGACAGGUCCAAGUUUAGAAGAAGUAUUAAAUCAAACAACAAGACCUGUAACAUCUUCUAGUACCACACAAUCUCAGAUGCCACAAUUAACAAAUACAGACUUUUCUACAUUUAAUGAAUCUUCUACAUAUUCUUGUCAAUGGGAUAAUUGUUACAGAAAGGUAAACGAUGAUACUCUUUUAAAACAUAUUAUGGGACAUCAUAUAAGUGAAGAAUAUGGAUUAAAUGUCGAUACCAUAAAAAAUGAUACUGCCACUAAUGAUGGAACUAUCAAUCCUAAUCAAACAUGUUAUCAUUGUGAGUGGAAUGACUGUGAUUUUAUGAAUUCCGAUUUGAAUCAAUUAAUUGAUCAUUUAGUAACUCAUAAGAAUAGUAGUAGUAAUAUUCAAGAUCAAGAUGAUGCUACUUAUUCAAAUAACCUUGUACCAACAUUACAAAGUCAAAUACUAACACCCAAAUCUACCGAUAAGUCAUUGAAUUCUUCACCCCGAUCACCAGUUGCAUUAAGCAUAAAGAAAGAAGAAGACGAUGAGUUUAAUGAUCAUAUGUUUGAUAAUUAUAAACAAGAUCUCUCUAAUACGUCAAUGAGUGAAUUCCAAAUUACUUCUAUGAAAAUUUUACCAAAGAAAAGAAGAAAUUUUUCUGAUAAUAUAGUAGAUCCAACACAUACUUGUAAAUGGCAGAUUGGAGUUGACGAUAAUGGAAAUCCAAUUCCAUGUAAUAAAGUUCAUACAGAUGAAGGCCUGUUACAAACACAUCUAAUUGAUGAUCAUAUAGGAUCAGGUAAAUCAAUCUAUAAUUGUAAUUGGGUUGGCUGCGAAAGACAUAAUGGCAAAAUAUUUACUCAAAGACAAAAGCUUAUGAGACAUAUUCAUAUUCAUACAAAUCAUAAGCCAUGCAAAUGUGAAAUCUGUGGUGCUUGCUUUGCUGUUGAUACUAUGUUAAAACAACAUUUAAGAACUCAUAGUGGAGAGAAACCAUUUUCUUGUUCAAUUUGUAAUAAGAAAUUUGCAACUAGUUCAUCAUUAUCCAUUCAUAAUAGAGUUCAUACAGGAGAAAAACCAUUGAUUUGUAAAUGGCCAGGAUGUAAAAAGAGAUUUAGUGAAAGUUCUAAUUUAACUAAACAUAUGAAAAUCCAUUUAAAAUCAUUUAAAUGUGAUAUUUGUGGAGAAGAAUUUGAGAGGAAGCCUGAUUUUACUAAGCACUUGAAGUUGCACAAUAAUUUGAAGGAAGAAGAACGGGACAGUGUUGAUGCAUUUCCUGUACUUUCUUCAAGGACAGAGAAUAUUUUAGGUAUAUAGGCAUAUAGGCAGUAUAUACGAGUAUAUAUGUGUGAGUAUAUAUCUUAACUAUUGCGUUAUAGCAUGUAUGUAUAGUAUAUAUGUAUAUAGUAU